AUGGCUCCGCAGCCCGCCUACGUGGUCGACUACGACGAUGAAAAGAAAAAGGCAGUCAAGGGAACGAAACAAUCUGCAAGAUCAUCAAAGAAACUACCCAAGAUCUCCCAGCGGGAACCCGAAAAGGAUAGUUCUAAGCGGAGGAAACAGCUCGAAUUUGCUCCGGAGCGAAGGCCAGAGAAAAAUGUCGAAAUCAUCACCGAGCGCGAGAUAAAGCACGAUCGACGAAGCUCAUUCUCCAGCACCAGUCCCAAGUCACCGCGAAAGUCGGCCAGACCGCCGUCGGCGCACAAGAAUCAGAACUUUCCGAGAGUGAAGGAGGAACAGCCUCGACAUUUUGGCAUUCAGCCAGCACAGCCGACACCAUCAGCACCACCACUUGUGUCGCAUAUGACCCAGCCGACGAUGUCGCAACCCAUUGCUCGUCCUCGUGCACAAACAGCAUUCACCUCGCCGUAUCCUUCGAGACCGACAAGUUAUCAUGCUGCCUAUUCGGGUUCGUAUGGUGCUGGUCCUCCGUUGUCAGGUUCAGCUUGGGCAAAUUAUGUACCGCAACCCCAAGCGCCAACGUAUAACCCUCCGACGAUAAUUGCUCCGUCGCAUUCACCUUCUCCGUAUGCUCAAGGCCAGAACUAUCAAUAUAGUACUCCGGUAUAUCAUGCUCCUUCAGUUCCUGGCUCAGACUACUUUGGAUCGCAAGCUUCAUCGGCACCGGAAAGACCAAUGUCUGCUCGACCGUUAUCAUCCAGAUUCGACACACCCGCAAGAACUGCCUCUGGAUAUGGUAUGCGCGAUACAACAGCACAUGAACAAUCCAUGUCCUACGAUAGUCUUUAUCACGAUGACGGUUAUGCCUCGCAGGCUGAGGGCGUAAUUGCAAGGCCAAGAAACAGCAUAAGACAACCAUCCAGAAGAUCCCAGCAAGCAUAUGAAUCCGAUUACGAUAGAAUGCCACCACCACCUCGCCCAUCGGAUCGACCCGAACGACGAUCAUCGCUACGACACUCAAUGGAACACUCUCCUGCGGAGUCAUAUCCAGAUGAUCGAGGUGAGCGAAGGACUCUUAUUCGUGACGACCCACCGAGAACUCGGCGUACCAGCAAACACCGGAAUUCAGUCACAUAUGAUCUUCCAGACGCUCCCCAGGAGCGAGAACCUUCCCGGACUCGACGACCUGCAUCUCAUCGUAAUUCCGCUUCAUACGACAUUGCCGAUUCGAUGAGUAGAGUAACUCUUGAGCCACAAUCCAACCAAGGACGGAGGAGGUCUAGCUAUUACGGUCCUUCCGCAGCUACCUCAGGGCAUACCUCGUCGUCCGCAGCUAGUGGUUUGGAGGCCAAAAUGAACGCUGCGACCCAUUAUCAGGAUGAUGUUGGCGGACCAACUCCACAAUUGACUGCAGAGGCAUUGAAGAAACAGCAACGAAGACAUCAUGGUGGGAGCAGCAGAAGCAGUGCUAGCCGCGAUGAAAGCGAUUAUCGAAAAUCUGCUACAACACGAACCACUCGAAGUGGAAGUGGCAAUGACGAUGAAAAUGUCACGAUCAAGGUCACAGGAAGAGCUCACGUUAAUGUCGGUGGAGCUCAAAUUGAUUGUCCUGAUGGAGGAGAGAUCGAGAUCAAGAGACAACAGAGAGGCAACCGUGGUGGGAGUGAUCGAUCCAUCUCGGAAUAUGGCCCAUACCCUGGCCAAGCACAGAUUGAUGAUCGACGAAGCAGAGUCGAUCAACCCGCCGGCCGAUCCCGCAUAUCUUCACAACAUUCUUAUACCCGUGCGACGAAAUAUGUUGGGGAAGGUUAUUUUUGA